AUGAGAGAAUUUUACUUCCAUCUUCCCCCACGAGUAUCAGACAAUGGUCCAUGUACGAUCGCACGGCCUGCAAUCAUGGGGAUGACUGCGAGUCCGGUAUAUGGUGGCAAUGUCGAGCGAGCAUUCAGGUAUGUGUCGCUUGAAGCAAACCUGGAUUGUACAAUCCGAGCGCCAAGGAUCCACCGUGCAGAAUUAGGCCGACAUGUCUAUCGCCCCACCUUCACACAUGUCAUGUACGAGCCGAGUUCAGACUUGGAUCCCAUCUCUACGAAUCUCGCCUCCUUGGAUUAUGUCGUCAAAUCAUUAAAGAUAGAUGACGACCCCCUCGUCAUUCUCCUACGCAAACAGUUGUCAACGAUGCCUCAAGACGCAGUCGAGCGACCCCGGCUUGAUCAACGCCUCUCCAAGGUGAUAGCCAAGAAGGAUACCUUCUGUGAGAAGGGUCUACGAGACCUCCGACGGGCGGCCCAAGCGAUAAGCCUCGAUGUUGGUACAUGGGCUGCUGACUGGUACAUCGCGGAAGUUUUGACGAAAAUCAACUCGUUCCAAAGAGGCCAGUAUACUCAGCUCUUCUCCAGUUGGAGAGACACAGAGGCAGCCUACAUGGCCAAGCAACUGACAGUCCAGGCGACUGAGGUGUCCUACGAUCCGGAUGACAUUGUCGAUGAUGUUACAAGCAAGACCCAAACGCUGAUUGCGCAUUUGCUCCAGGAGAAGGCGGAAGCAGAGGCGAAAAACGAUGCAUACAGCUGUAUUGUAUUCGUGCAGCGGCGCGAUAUAGUAUAUGCUCUGGCAACAGUUCUGCGCCAUCAUCCCAAAACGAAAGACAAAUUUCGGAUCAGAUGCCUUGUUGGGUCUUCCGAUAACUCCCAGCGUUAUUCGUUCCUCGAUAUUACUCGAACGUUCGUGCAACAAACGCAAGACAAGAUCUUGAAGGACUUCGAAUCUGGGAUCAUUAACUUACUGAUAUCGACAUCAGUUGCGGAGGAAGGGGUUGAUGUUCAGGCGUGUGGUAGUGUUAUUCGCUGGGAUCCACCUCCAAACAUGGCUAGCUGGGCUCAAAGUCGGGGUCGAGCAAGGCGAAAGAGGAGCACAUUCACUUUGAUGUUUUCGUCGGACAGCGCAAAUCAGAAAUCGGUGGAGGAAUGGGAAAAGAUGGAGCAACAAAUGAUUGCCCUUUGCAACAGCGAGCGCGAAAGGCAGGCGCAGGUUCGUCGCCUCCAGGAAGGCUCCAAUGAAGGCUCAGAGGAUGACGAUGAAGACAAUGACAACGACGACAAGAUGUUGAGGAUUGAAUCGACUGGCGCCAUCCUUACUCUGCACUCUGCCAUAGGGCACUUGGAGUACUUCUGCGCCGUAAUGCCAGACUCCGAUCAUGCGAACCUCCAGCCUCUGUACGAUAUUGAUCCUCCUGACAUGCCCGAGGGAUGGCACGCAUUUGAACACAGGCUCGCCGUUGAACCCCCCAAAGGACCCUUUGGGGCGACAGUUACCCUACCCAAACUCCUCGCUCCAGAACUUCGCGUCUUCAAGGUACCCAGAAUAUACAAGAAGAGAUCCCUUGCUCAGAGGCAUGUCGCGUUCAAGGCCUACAAGGCUCUAUACCACGCUGGCAUGUUGAAUGAACAUCUCCUUCCUCUAAUGGGCGUAGUGGAGCCACAUCUGGAAGAAGAAUUGAAAGCAAUGCUGAAGGACAUAGAAAAGCGAGCGAGCACCGCUAGUGUCUCUGCGCAGAUGGAUCCAUGGGCCCCACAGAAGUCAAGCGAUGGCACAUUCCCUGAAGGAGGGGAAUGGUGGUCGUCCCGGCUGGUGGUUGAUGGUCUUCCCCCGCUAUUGUUGUUCACCCGUCGUCACCUUCCGGCUUGGGAGAACGACAGUGGGCCAACGUUGUAUCGCCCCGGCCGUCUACCUGUGAAAGCAAUUUGGACUACACUGAAUGAUUUACCCACGAAUGCUAUGAUCAAUGAAGCGCGUACGUUCACCAGACAGUUAUUCUGGGGCAUUCAUGGUUCUCGGAUGCAAUGGGAUGACCUCGACUUUCAAUACCUGUUUCUCCCUACCGGUGACAAGAGGGAUGACUUGUGGAGCGCUAGACGUGCUUGGCUACUCGAGCAGGACCUGCUAAACGAUUUCGAGGAAAACCAUUUCCUUGCCGACGCAAGAACCUUUGGAGAAGCCUUCAAGUAUCCAGACGAUGUGACCCUAGUGCGAACGGGUUAUGGCUUCCAUAAAGUUCGCCAGUUCGUGCGCUGGAAAUAUGAUCCGAUGAACGAUGAAGAAAAGACACGAUUUUUGGAAACAUAUGCGUGUGAAGCACCAAAAAUCACCUAUCCUCUCCUUGUGGUCCGCCGCUUACCGGCACGUACCAACUUCCUCCUGCCUACUCCCAUCGCACAACCAAAUCUCGACCCCACUGAGCUGCUGUUAUCUCCAGACCAGUGCUCUGUGGUGUUAUCUUCAGCUAGUGAGGUCGAAUAUUCCAUACUGUUGCCCUCUAUCCUCCGGGAGAUAGCAAUCUUUACAACCGUCGAAUCCCUCCGCAACACUUUAUUUCGAUCAACAACUCUUCAUUCAAUACCGCUCGAUCUUUUGGCUGUGGCAGCCACUGCUCCCGCGGCACAAGAGCGCUUCAAUUACCAGCGACUAGAAAUGCUUGGUGACACAGUCCUCAAAUUCAUCACGACCAUCCAGCUGUUGCAUAGGUAUCCUCUCUGGCACGAGGGAUAUCUUAGUAAACGAAAAGACCACAUCGUGUCGAAUGUACAACUAGCGAAAAGCGCCCUGGGCAAGCAGCUCUAUACUUGGAUCAUUCGCAACACGAUGGUAGGAAAGAAAUGGAAACCGGAGUAUUUUUCGACCUCCGCCCCUGCGUCUACCCCUGGCCAACAGGUUGCUCCCCCGGUUCCCACUUCCAACUUAUCUAAAGAAGGGACAGAAAAGGAGCAGGAGGACCACCACUUCGGAGCCGAAUUUAAUGGAAUAUGCGAGAAGAAAAGCAAGAAGAACAAGAGACAGGCGGACUUCCAGGAGUUGUCUACUAAGGUCUUAGCUGACGUCGUGGAGUCGUUGAUAGGUGCAGCUUACAUUCACGGUGGCUUCGAACUCGGUCUUGAGUGUAUCCGCGUAUUUGGCCUCGGUAUGGAAUGGGAACCUCUCCCGAAAUGCAUCUCGUCGUUGUUCUCCCGGGUGGCCAAAAACGACGGGAACAUGACCGCCGUCCUGCCUAACGUCGAGAAGAUGCUUGGAUACACGUUCAAUCGUAAACUGCUACUCGUUGAGGCUCUCAGCCAUGCUAGUCACCAAGAAAACAAGUGCACGGUCUCUUACGAACGCUUGGAGUUCCUUGGGGACUCGGUUCUCGACAUGAUAGUAACCCACCAUAUUUACCACGCGCCUGGCAAGCUAUACAGUCCCGGACACGUCCACUUACGCCGGUCGGCACUUGUCAACGCGCACAUGCUGGCAUACAUCUGCCUCAAGACAUAUAUCGACCUCAUCACUGCUGUACCUAAACGCAAGGACCAAGGUCUGGUAGAGCUGCAACACGGAACACAACGAGUGUAUUUGUGGCAGUGUUUAGCACACUCGAGCCCUCGCCUCCUCGACGAACAAGCUCAAACUUUCGUGCGAUACCAAAAGAUGCAGAAUGAACUCGAAACCGCUUUCCUGGAGGGCACCAUCUUCCCUUGGGCAGCAUUACUUCACCUACAAGCACCCAAGUCCUUCAGCGAUAUGGUCGAGAGUCUGAUAGGAGCCGUCUUCCUGGAUUCCUCUGGAAAUAUUGAUAUCGUGAGGCAAGUACUUCGAAAGCUCGGAUAUAUGGACAUUCUGGAGAGGGUGGUUGGCGAUGGGGUGGAUGUACUGCAUCCGGUAUCGAGGGUCUCGCUGUGGGCUUCGAACAUAGGCAAAAAAGUUGAAUAUCGACCUGAGAAGGUGAGGGGGGAGGUCAAGUGCACAAUUGUGUUAGAUGAAGAAGACACAAUCUCCAUGAGCACCGUGGACAAUGGGCGUGCGAGUAUAGAUGAGGUCAAGUUUAUGGUCGCGGAAAAUCUCAUCAAAACCAUGGGUCUUAGGGACGUCGGAUUAAAUUACGACGAGUUGAAAAAGAAAAAGAAGGGCCACGCAGGGAAGGCUGGGGAAAGCUGA